AUGCCGAAUGAAGAUUACAAAUUGCAAAACGUUUUACAUUACAGUAGAAAAACAUUCACGAACAGAAACAGUAGUCCUUUAGAUGUGUACACGAGCAGGCUCGAGGAUACAAACGACAAUUUGCUAGAAUCUCCGAGGAGUGAUCAGGUGACCAUAGACGCUGAUCCAGGUUGCAGCUGUGAAAACGAUCCGGAUGGCGAAAUUGCCAGUAUUCUGCACAAAAAAUGUCCCGUGAUAGCACUGGCGCAAAAACAGCUCGACAGACUUUUAGAUGAGACUGAUAAACUGUUGUGUGAUAAUACUAGAUGUUGCAGGUCAGCCUACGAUUUUCUCAUAUUAUGUAAGGAGGCACUCUCAAGUCAAAACAAAUGGUGGUUUAUAAUCUUAAUUUUACUCACAGCGACAUUCUUUCUGGGAUUAAUCCUGGGCGCAGCCUCUUGCGGGACGAAAUAUCGAAAGUUCAACAGUCCUAUAGUUACAUGCAUUGAUAACUUUUUCAUUGAUGAUAAUUACUUAGCACGUAAAGAAAGCUUUCGAGGGAUUAUAUGAAGUCUCGAAGCCGAAGUAUUGUUAAUGUAAAAUAGGUAUAGGUCCCGACAUGUAAAUUGAUCCAAAAUGGCAGUCAUCUACGCAGGUCAAGAAUAGUGUUAAGUGUUUUAUUUAA